AAUUACAUUUUAAAGUCGCUCUAGUGCGUGCAUGUUGUCGGAAAAACAUUCGAAAGUUUGAGAAUACGAAAUUUGUUGUUUUGAAUUAUUUUUUAAAAAACUACGGUGUUUUCUAAUAAAAAGCAAGGAUGCCGGGAAUUGUAGGAGAUUUAAAAGAUCUUUUAAGUUUUAAGUAUAAAACUCGAAGUGAUACAUUAACCGAUCAGUUUAACCGUGUGCUUAUGGUAAAAUUUAUGUUGGUAGCUGGUUUUCUUACUGGACUUAAUUGGUAUUCUGAUGAAUUUGAAUGCAUCGUCCCAUCAACUUUAACUGGCGUAAGUGGGACAUACGUGUCACAGGCUUGCUGGAUCACUGGUUUCUACGUUUACAAAGAGUUGAAAGAAACACAGAAUUUUUUGGGUUACUAUGGAAUACCCAACAAUAUUGCACAUAAUGGUUCACGCAUUUCGAGAAGCGGCGAACUGGUAUCCUGCGUGUCCACACCAGGCUCUGGCUGCAAUAAGUUCGAGAAAGUCUUCUAUCUGCAGUACCAGUGGUUUCCCUAUUAUAUUGUCCUUCUCGGUGUAUUUUUUUACAUCCCAUACCUAAUUUACCUGAAGGUCAAUGAAGAUAUGUUUAGUUUGGAGAAAGCAGUAAGCGAGGCCGACCCAAACACAGAUGACAUCAUGCAUAGUUACUUUGUAGACAAAAUCAACACAGCAACGCGACAAAAAUUGAAAAUCAUUCUCAAUUUGAUUGUGAAAAUAUUGUACCUCUGUGCAAACGUGUUGACGUUUGUGUUCACUGACGGUGUGUUGAACAACGACUUUAGAAAAUACGGCUCGCAAUGGAUGAAGUGGACGUCCCUGUCCAAUUACGACCAAUACAAUUACAUCGGCUUGCGACAGUUCUUCAAAGCCGGCGAAAAGAUACUUCCGAAUUUCGGUUUGUGCGACAUUAUGGAGUACGGUCAGGACAACAUCUAUCAUUUGACGAACGAUGCUCGACUCAUAUGCGAGAUCAGUCCUAAUGUGUUGUAUCAAUACGUUCUUGGUGUGCUUUGGAUAAUGUUGAUUCUCGGAAUGGUUGUCAGUAUUGUCGGGAUAAUUUCGACCGUAUUUGCGUACAUUUUGAGGUCAACCCGUUUCCCGAUUAACGACGCAUCUCACAAACGUGUCAUCAGCUCUCUAUCUUUACGUCAACAAGAAUAUCUUGACUUCAUCCGAAAAAAGAACUUUGCAUGUUACGGAAAACUGAUUCGCAUUUUAGCUGGGAGAAAAUAAAUGUUAAAGGCAAUCGACUGCUUACGUUUACUGUCACCAGGGAAAGUAAAGAGACGAACGUAACAAAAUAAAGUUGUAAAUAAAAGUUCAGAGUAACUGUACUAGCUUUUUAGAUGUGAAUUUUGAAGAUCUUUUUUAUAUUACUAGCUCACUUCAUGCUAAAGGUUUUAGUUUCCAUUUGCCUUUAGAUUACGUAUCUAUUUGGGAGUUUUUCAUAAAAUCAUAUUACAUUUUCACAGCAAUA